UUAGAAACGCAUCGUUAGGCAUGACGACAAUCUUGUUUUACCUGUAUGCGUUUGACAUUUAUUAAAUUACUGCAAAACUGCGUGUUAAAUUUAUCAAUAAGAAAAAAUAAUUUAAUAUUGAUUAUUUAACAAUUAAUUAAGUUAUAAAUAUGGAGUAUUCCACCAAAUUGGAACAACACGAAGCAUGGAAAAAAAGAGCAUAUUUAGGGCCUCUUCCAUUGAGUUUUCUACGACUUGAUGGAGGCUUGACACAUCAACAACAACAACUUGAUGUUGAUCAACAAGCAGCACUUGCAUUACAACAAAUGCAUGCUGCACCACAAACUGUUGAUCCAAGAAUGGGUCGUCUAAAUAUCACCAUAGUACAGGCAAAAUUAAUGAAAAAUUAUGGAAUGACAAGAAUGGAUCCAUAUGUACGUAUAAGAAUUGGUCAUGCAACAUAUGAAACUCAAACAGCAACAAAUGGUGGUAAAAAUCCUCAUUGGAAUAAAGUUAUACAGUGUUGGAUACCACUUGGAGUUGAUCAAAUAUACGUUGAAAUAUAUGACGAAUGUUCAAUAACAAUAGACAGUUUAAUUGCCUGGGGACAUAUUAAAAUACCACCUCAAGUUAUAAAACAUGGUGCAACCCAUGAAGACUGGUAUCAACUGAGUGGUAAACAGGGUGAUAAUGCAGAGGGUGCUAUUAAUAUGGUACUGAGUUAUACAACAGAAUGUCGACCAUACAUGCCAACAGCUGCACCUGUAUUAAUGGUACCAUCAUCAACAUCUUCAAAUGUUGUAUUUGGUAUGCCUGGUAUUUCAAGACUUGGUAAUGUUUAUACUGCUCCACAAUUACCUCCAGCUCAACCAAUUGCCAUUCCAAGUUCUUUGCCACAUGCUGAAGCUGAACUUCAACAGAUUGCAGAAAUGUUUCCAAACAUUGAUAAAGAAGUCAUUAAAUCAGUAUACGAUGCAAAUGGUGGAAAAAAAGAUUCAACAAUAAAUUCACUUUUAUUAAUGGUUGAAUAAAUUAAUAAUCAAUCUGGGCCAUAAUUUUUUUUUCAAUAAAAAAAUUAAUAUUUGUAUUUUAUGGUAAAUCAAAAGAGAACUAAAUACUUUUAAUUAUAUUGUAUUUAAACCUUUAAUAUACGUAUUAUUGUAAAAAAAAAAAAAACAUUAAAAUAUUUUCAUGAAAAGAUUUUUAAUUUUUAAAAAUCCAUAAAUAUAGAUAAAUAUAUAACAUUGUUGAUAAUUUUAUUUAAAACAUUAAUUGACAUUAAAACAAGAAAAAAAAAAUUGUAAAAUUACGAAAUUGUGAAGAUGUAAA